AUGCAGAACUCCUCAGCGCGGGUCGGGAUGGUGAGCCACUGUCAGCCGCCGGUGUUCGCGGACUUCCCCUGCGUGGCGCUGUCCGCGUACGGCGGCCGGGCGGCUCUCAUGAACUGCUCCGGCCAGAAGCGACUCAGCGGGUCCGAGCAGAGAGCGCAUCUGGCGGCCAAAACCCCGCGGUCGUGCUUCUCUCUCCCGCCCAUGCAAGUGAAUGGUGCCUACUGCUCGGAGAAAGAUGUAGACGCUGAGCUGGGUGACGCUGUGGACACCCUGAUGCGAUGUGGGCAGAGCCUGCCACUCUCGGCGGGGGGUCAUUUAGGGGGGCUAUACCCCCAGAGCCUCCACUGUGACAGAGCUACCCCCGACCUCCUCCUGCAGGACGGCCCUCACCAGGACGCCAGAUCCUCCUCUGCUUUCCAGACGACCCUGUCAGGGGCCUCACCUGGCCUCGGCUGCGGCAGUGCCAGUGCGACUCGCUCCUCUCUCCCUUACAUAAUCAAACAGGAGAACUCAAUGGGCUAUAAAAUCUCCGGCACAGGGUCGAGAGUCAAUAGCACGUCCCAGGCCGUGUUUCAAAACUGUAGAGUAGGACAAGGUUUGGGGGUGCCAAGGGACAUGACAGUUGGACCUCCGCAUGUUAGCAACAACGGUAGCGGCGUAUGUGCAGCAGGCGGUGUUGGUGGUGCUGCGUCAAGAGACGCAGUUCAAUCGUUUAAUAAUGAAGAUGGCUCCUCCCCGCUGGCUUUGUCUCCAACUGGCUCCCGUCAUUCAGCGCGGCAGCUCAGUGCGAACACUCUGAAGAGACACUGCCUGUCCCUGGCUGCGCAGUCUACCGCUGCUGCUGGCACGGGCAGUGUUGGCGCCACUAGUUCCCCAUCAGGUUCUGGCGCUGAUUCCGAGGAGAUCAAUAUCACCGCCAUCAUCUGCUCCUCCUCCCAGAUGUCGAUGGUGGCUUGCAUCAACGGGUUACGUUCUAACCUUUCAUCCAGCCACACCAGAAGUGCCGGCUUCUCCUCCUCUUCCUCCUCCUCUUCUACGUCCCCACCCUCUAACUCCUGCUCACAGGAAGCCCUCCAGAGGCCCCCACCUCGAGGCAGCCCCCAGCAACCCAGGGUACACGAGAGCUGUCAUCUGUCAUCACCUGCCACCUGCCUGCUGUCCCUGUCCGCCUCCUCCUCCACAUCCUCCUCUUCGGUGUCAUCAGAGGAGCCCGACCAGGGCCAGGGGCUACGCCAGGGGCUGUGUGAGGAGCCGGGCUCCAUGCUGCAGGGGCGUGGGGCUGGAGGAGCAGCCGGGGGAGGCGUGGGAGGCUCGGACGGGCUGGGGCUACUGAUGAGUGGGGCCCUGAUGUCUGGGACAUUGCAUUCAGGGCCUGAAGCUGGGCUCCUCCUGGACGGAGGCCAACGAUCUGGGGCUGCCCUCAAACAGGAGCCCCUCGAUGAUUUCUCUCCUAGUGAAGACGAACUCUUUCAGCACCACUAUCACCAUCAUUUGAGUGGUCGCAGUGGACACCUCCGUCACCCCCACCACCCCCCUCGACCUGCCAUGCCUCCGCCCUACCACCUGCACCAGUACGUGGGGCCCAGCCCUGGGGGCCUGCUGCACAACCUGAGCCAGCAAACCGCACCGGCCUCCUCUCUGGGACACAAGCAGACCUCCGGAGGAGCUCCUGGAUCUCACACAGCCGUAGAGCAGGAAGAGGCCAUUGGAGGAGUGCUGGGUGAUAAGCAGGUCUGUCGCUGGAUUGACUGCAGCGCUGCGUACGAGCAGCAGGAGGAGCUGGUGAGGCAUAUUGAGAAGGUGCACAUCGACCAGCGCAAAGGUGAAGACUUCACCUGUUUCUGGGCGGGUUGCAUUCGCCGCUACAAGCCCUUUAAUGCGCGCUACAAGCUGCUCAUUCACAUGAGGGUCCACUCCGGAGAGAAACCCAACAAGUGUAUGUUCGAGGGCUGUAACAAAGCGUUCUCACGUCUGGAGAACCUGAAGAUCCACCUGCGGAGCCACACAGGAGAGAAGCCGUACCUGUGCCAGCACCCCGGCUGCCAGAAAGCUUUCAGCAACUCCAGCGACCGCGCCAAGCAUCAGCGCACUCACCUGGACACGAAACCGUAUGCGUGUCAGAUCCCCGGCUGCACCAAACGUUACACAGAUCCCAGCUCGCUACGCAAACAUGUCAAAAUCCACUCGGCCAAAGAGCAACAGGUGCGUAGGAAGCUUCGGCCCUGCCCUCACCUGGAGCAGGACGUCCUGAGUGAGUGUUUGUCCAUGCAGCACCUUCAGAGCUCCACCUCCUCGCAGCACCUCUACAACGGCAAAGAUGGUCGUUCUCCAGGACUGGGCCAAGAUAUCUUCACAGGCCUGUACACUGGCUCCAGCACCCCCCAUCACAGCACCUCGGUGGAGCUCCUCUCCCCUAACCCCAACCCCAUCUCUGCCACCGACCUGCCCUCCAGACAACACCGGCUAGACCGCGACCUCGGCAGCCCUCAUCAGCUGACUGCUAUGGACGGCACGAGAGACGGGGUGUCGGGCCCCCUCCUGUCUCCUGGGAUGAAGGGAACAGGCACGCCUCCUCCUCCUCCACCACCGCAGCCUCCGCCUCUGGACAAACAGCAUGUCCACCCUCACCAAAAGCCCUACUCUCACUAUCACCAUCAUCAGUCUGCUAAUGACGAAUACCAAGGCAGCUUUCAGAGCUGCUUCCAUUUUGGAGACUCCUACAGGAUGGAGCAGACGGUCGGUGGUGUCCACGUCCCCGGAGAUUCUCACGCCUACACUUCCCAUCAGCACAAUGGCUUCCACAUGUCAACCAGCACUGCCGGCUCUUCGGGAUUCAACUUGACCCAGGAGCUGCAGGGCAACGCAGGGUGCCAGUACACGUCCAGCCCAGAGGAGAGCAUUUUCUUCCAGGUUGGCAGCUUCGACCGCAGCCUGAGCCACAUGUCAUCCAUCUACACAGAGACAUAGAGCAGCAGUGGAGCAGGACACGCUUCACCACUCACACUUUACCAGGAUGCAGUCCGACUCCUUCACAUGUGUCUUCACACACUCGGGACACUUCUCCUUUAGUUCCUGUUUUCUUCCAGGUCCCACAGACUUACUGCAGGUGUCAGAUGGAUGAUGAAACUGACCAAAUUAGAAUGACACUCAGUAGAGCACAUUCCGCCGCCAGGGCCCAACAGUCUUCUCAAAUUAAACCACACUGAAGGAUUUCAUCACACACUUGUAGAUAUCAGUUCCCUUAAUGUGCCUGGCUCUUCUUAUCAAACUUCAUAAAUUAUCAUUGUAAACGUUGAAAAACUCCCAAUCUUUCAUAUUCUUUACAGAUCUGCGCCUCCACAUCCUUCUACCAAGUUUCAUGGAAAUCUGUUCGGUUGUUUUUGUGUAAUGUAAGUCACAAUCAGACCAACCAACAAACAGACAGAGGGUAAAAACAUAAUCUCUUGAAGUCAGUUUAGGUUAUUUACGAAACACUAUGUGAACCCUUAAAACAAAACUGUCUCAUGUCAUGACCAGUAAAACUGAAAAGAGAUUCUUCCUGGUUGUAAAUAAACCAUUUUCAGGACGAAAGAAAACUAUUUAAAAGAAAAUAAACAAAGAUAUGAGGGACUCUCCACUGAUUUUACUCAUUCACAUCAGCUAAUUUAAUUCUCAAUACUAUAAAACAACUUCUGCUUUCUAAUGUCUGAGAAAAUAGUCCCAAUGAUGUCAUAGUGAGGUCAUGAGGGUUAUUUGGGAUUGAGCUGGAGACAGAUUUACAACAGAGAGCCUCUGUUAUGAACUCGGGAUGUGCAGGUUUUGAAUAUGAGUGUAUUUCACCUGCAGGGAGUUGUCUUCCUGCAGGGAUUCACUAUGUGAAUAUUGGGAUCAGGUAUUUCAGGUAGAAGUCAGGACGUCUCUCCUUUGUUGGAAUUGAUUUUGUCCUUCCUGUCUCUUGCAUCCCCCAAAACAUUAUGAAAGUUUCAUCAAUCACUCUGAGAGCUUUCAGGUCUGUCUUGUGAUCUGCAAUUUAAACAUACAGUUGGGAAACUGUUCGGUUGAAAAAAAAAAUGUAAUAUGUUAAAGGAAAAACUUUUAAAAUGAUUUGAUCAGUUUCUAGUUCAGAGGUUUUAUUGAUUUUAAACAAAUCAAAUGGAAGUCUCCUCUUUUAAGUAGUGGAAAAAUAUGACUUUUUAAAACAAUCAUAACAUAAGAGACAGAAACUUUCCCUCUGAGCUUCAGAACCACAUUUAUUGAUCAAGAACCCAUCAUGUACAGAUAGUGACUCGGUUUACGUUGGUGCAAUCACGUACACACUUACGUACAAAGUUCAAUCAGACAAAGCUUCCACGUUUCCUCGGCUUUGACAUGUCAACUACAGACGAUACAAAACUCCUGAACGGACGUUAAAUAAAAACGUCCUCUCCCUCCUCUCGUGUUUUCUCUCUCUCUCUCUCUCUCUCUGAACUACAUCUUUUGAUGUGUUCCAGACUGAGGUGUAGAGAAAAAUAUAUCAUUUUGCCGUGUGUUUGCUUUUCUUCUUCUCUUUUUGUUGUCAAGUGUUCUGUACUUUUGCAUUUACUUCCAGAGGAGGGGCUCAUUCAUUCUGCAAUACUGCAGGAAAAACAACAAACUCCUUCAUUACAUGUGUAUAAAAUGUACAGUUUGUUAACAACAAUCAUUUGAAUGUUUGUCAUUUCUCAGUUUAAGAUAUAAUAAAUGGU